CUUUCAGUCAGUGCCAACGAUACUGCCCCGCGCGGUUGCGCGUUCUUACCUGCUUUCCUGCGCGAACGAAACGGCAGCCCUUAGGAUUCCUACUAAAUGUGAUUCAUAUCACCACUCGCGCACAUGUUACCAUAGGCCUACAGCUCGUCGCUGGCUGGCCUAUGUUGCUGACGCGGCUGAGUGGACCCGCGGCAGCAGGCGUGCCGGGCAUGCGCCCAACUCCGCAUGUGCGGCAUGGCGCCUGCCUUGGUUCACACCGGCAUGGAUGUGGAACGGCGAGCCACGGGCGCGCCUGGCGUGUCGCGGCCGCGUGCCACCUGCCCGAGGGGAGCGCGGGAGCCACCCCGGGAGUCGGGUCGCCGCCUGCAGCUGCAGCAGGGCAGGAUUCAGUGCAGUGCUUCACGGAGAUGCUCCGUCAGGAGCUAAACCCUGUAGAGACAAGCCUUCAAGUGGUCCGUCAGGAGCUGAGCACAAUAAAGACAAGCCUUCAAGAAAUGAAGAAAAGCCUUCACCAGAUUGAAGGAUUUAGCGCAAUACUAGUGGAGGCCGUCGCGGGCACGGCGCUGCGUGAUCGCGAGCAGAAGCAGGAGGCGGCAAGCGUGGUCCUGAAGGAUGCGGCCAGUGUGGUGAAGUGCGUGCUGCCUCCCGGGCUGCCGCCACACGUGCACGAGGUGGCGGCGGGCAAGCUGGCGGCCUGGCUGGUAGAGGAGGACCGGGGCCUACGCGCUAUCCUGGAGUCGGAGCUGCGUGCGGUCCCUUCCAGGCUCACCAAUAAAGCAAACGCGCAGUGGAAGGCGGCAGCGGCUAGUGCCGCCCAGGCGGCAUUGGCAGUGCUGCAAUGUGCUGCGUGUGGGCAGCAGAACUACUCGCCGGCGCUGGACGCCCUCAAGUGCUGCGCGGACCGCCUGCCUGUCUCCCUGCAGCUGCUGGAAACCUAUGCCACCAAUGACCGGGACACGGCCCUGGCGCUGAUGCGCGGCGAGCUGUGCGUGGCCGCCCUGACGGCGCUGCACCCGCUCAGCAGCGGCGAGGCCUCCUCGACCGCCACACAGCUGCAGGUGGACCGCCUGCUGCCGCUGCGCGUGUGUGCAGAGACCGGCGGCGGUAAAGGCGGCAGCAACGGUCGCAGCGGCAGCGGCAGCGGGGACGGCGAGGGCGACGGCGACGGCGACGGCAGCGGGGACGGAAGCGGGGACGGCGAGGGCGAGGGCGACGGCGGCAGCACAUCUGGGCCCCGUGUUGGACCCGGGGUCACGGCCGUGCUGGAGAUCCAGCAGAUCAAGUCCAGCAGCGCAGGUCUUCCGACGGCGCGGGCGCAAGUGGCCCGGUGCGGCCGCAUCUUUGCGUGCGUGUAUAGCGUCCUACGGGAGCGGCUGUCGGAGGCGUUGGCCAACGCCGAGGUGCAGCUGCCGCCGGAGCUGCGGCUGCAGGCCACGAUCGCGCUCGGCCAGGACGGCGAGCCCGGAGCCAGCGAGGAGCAGCGCCCGCCGCAGCUGGAGCUGUCCACCGCCGACGGCGGCCGGACCCUGAUGCAGAUGCAGUACUUGGUCCUGGCGGCGGAGACGCUGGUGCCCUGGGUGCCGAGCCGGCAGCAGUGAGCGGGCGGGCCUCGGCCUCGGCAGUGGAUGGCUGGGGGGCACGGGACGACCAGGCAGCGGCGGUGGCACUCGGCACGCCUGCUGCAACCGUGUCACGCAGCAUACCUAGCAAUCAAGCGGCCAGCCGUUGAUGCUCACGCUGCCGCUAGCUGGACUGCGGCGCGCUGUGGCGGCGGCAGCAGCGCCGACCGGGCAGUGGGCGCUGCCCACAGCUUCUUUGGGGUGUACGGCAGCGCUGGCGGCGUGGUCCACGGUCGUGGGCGGUCGUUGGGACCGCAGACACAGCUGGCGCUGUGAUGUAGCGAUGUACACGAGGCGAGGGCCUCUGAGACCAAUCGCUGUGUUGCUUCCCCCGACAGUGCCAUGGCACGGCAGGGGCUUGAGGGUGGAGGGUAAGUGUGUGAGGAGAGCGAGGGAGUCCUUUUAUGUGCGGCACGUCUUGAAGGUGUUUGCUAGUGUAGCGGCUGGUGCGAGGGUAAGGCACGUUCGUGUUAGAUACACCGUUGACUCCAAUGUGUCUGACCCUUACUGGCGGGCGUUGUGCCACCAGGGAACCCGGGGCACCACCACAAAGGCCCCGGGAGUGCCGCCAGGAACGCAUACAUCUGUUGUUCUGGCUCAAUUUGCAAAGACAGAAUGCAGGAUUGACCUUUUAAAUGCCUGGUUUUUACUAUGGCGCUGUGUUUGUAAUGCAGUGAGGGGGUGGUGGGGUGGUCAUACUAUCUGCGUGCCCACGUUUUUGCACUGCCGGGGCUGGGUAGGGCCUGCUGGUUGCUGCGCAUGAUGCAAUGGAUGGCGGUGGAGCGCGGCGGCGGCGGCGGCGCACGGCCUGUGCCCAGCAGCGGCGGCGUGCAUGUGCGCAGCAGAGCCGGCAGGCAUGGCCACGUGGAGGAGGAGAGCGGUGCGCUGCCUGAGCAGCGGCGCCGUCGCGCAGGUUCAGAAGUGCUGGUGUCUGGUCUUUGUGGCGAGCAUAGCGUAGCGAUUUACUGCUAGGUGGUUUGUUGCGGGCUGAGCUUGUACUUGACAGCGGGGGGCGGCUCGACACAUGGCGGGUGGUGCCUGUACGAACCGACCCCGGCUUUGUCCGGGGGAUGAGGUAGUUUCGAAACCUUCGGCCUCGGACAUUGCACCAACGUGGCGUGGCCGCACAGCCCAAUUUUCCCCUGGAGACCUGCCUUGUCCGCACCCGUGGUUGUUGGCUUCCAGGAGUGGCAUGACUCCUUGGCGGGUCUACCAAGUGGAGUAGCUGCAAAGACAGCUUGUGACGGCGUUCUGCCUUUGAGAGAAGUCAGUGUUGUGCUUGAGGGGGCGAUCACUCGCAUUGCAUAGCUGAGCCGUGCUGGGCAGGCGGGCGAGGGGGAGGGGGAGGGGGAGGGGCGGUGGUGGACUGGAGGUAGGACUGGAGGUACGGGAGGAGGUAGGGCAGGCGGUAGCGGCGGUAGGGGAGGCAGGAGCGCUGGGUGGUGGAGCGCUGGCACUGGCGCAGGCGGGGGCUGUUGAGGGUCAGACCCAGGGGUGCAGGCGGCGGCAUUUUGAUUUGCGUGUCGGCACGGCGUGUUCACUUGAAUGCAGUCAGGUGGAGGCAAGGCUUGACGUGUAUUGAGUGAUUCGGUUAUGCGGACAGUCACGCGGAAACGCGGGUGUAGCGCCGAGCUGGGGGACACGAGGCGCCGAGCCGGGGGUGCGGGGCGCCAGUCCAGAGCGUGGGGGCCAUCGUCGCGAGGCCCAGGCAUCGCGGAUGAGACAGGUAAGGCCAGCACGCCAAAUAUUCUGGU